UGCUGCCCCCACAACUAACAUAGCAAUAAAAAAAUAAAUAAAAAAUGAUAAAAAUAUAAUCUGGAGACUGCUAAGCUAUUAUGAGUUAACCUCUCUCUCUCUCUUUCUCUGUCUCUCUCUCUGACUCCAGCUGGCUCUGAGAUAAGAGUAGCUAGUCUAAUGCACAUGACAAGUUUAUACAGUGAGGGAGUAUCAGAUAACAGCAGACGCCCAGUAAUGUGGCUGAUGGUCAGCCUUAGUUUUCCAAAUACCACCUAGACUGAAAUGCUUUUGUAAUAUUUAUUUUAUUAUGAUUUGUGGAUAAGUGGGACUUGCAGUUUGAAGCAUUUAUAUGGAUGUUAUUGUAAACAUGUUUGUGUAUAAAUCAGUUGCAUUUGUGUCUGUGCAUGUUUCAUUUGUGCAGAUGCUCCUCUCGUCUGCUAGUCAGAGAGCAGUGAUAGUCCACAGAGAUUCAAUUGAUUUACAUAGCGGUCAUAACAACCAUAACAAAGGUCAUAACAUUUCUGGCAAGUACAAAACGAGGAUUUUCCAAAGAAAAUGCAAACUGUGUUGAAGGAGAGAGUGUGAUGAGGAGGUGGAAAGAACACGGUUAAGAGUGAUAUGUUUGUCAAAAUCCACUAAUAGUGUUGAAUUUCAAUAUUUGAACAUUGGUUUGAAUCUAGUUGUGUUUGUUUUGCUUGUUACUGUUGUUUGCAAAUCUACAAACAAGGCAUCUCUAAGCAGGACUGACCUUCAGUUUCAGAUUUGAGGUUGUACAGCUGCUCCAAAAGGCUCUUACACUAUAGUCUGCAACAACUGAAUCUAACUUCUCUUUGGCAAAACACUCGCCCACUGCAGUUGAGUCAGCAGUUAAAGUGCUCUGCUGCUCUCUGGUCCCUGCUUUUGGGUCUGUUGUGACAUCAUAACAGUGUAGUUUCACUGCUGACUGGUCUUUGACAUCAUAAUGAUGCUCUGGUUUAUGACACAGGGGCAUUCCUGGCUGUGUUGGUUGGUCUGUGAUGUCACAUUGGUCACAUUGGUAGCGUUUUGUUGGUCUCCUCUGUUGGCUGUUCCUCUGUUUUCUGGUGUAUGAUAUCAUGAUUGUAGAGUUUCACAGCUUUGUGGUUUAUGACAGUUCUCUGCUUGUUUGUUGCUGUUUGUUUGUUGACAUCACAGCGCUCAUAAUGAAAUUGGAUACAUGUAGAAGACUUUUGAUGUGUAUUUGUAUCUUUCAGGAGAAGAAGUUGUUAUUAAAGAUUAAACAAUGCGGAACAUUUAAUGUACUUUUACAUUUUUGUGCAAAAGACUAGGACUGCCAUGACUUUUCUUUAAUAUCAUUUUAUUAUUAUACAGAGACCUUUGGUACCAGAUUUUUGCUGCUUUUACAACAUAAUCGGCCUCCCAAAGCCUGACAGCUUUACUCAUAUCUGUCCUGUUUGUAAUAUUACCCUUACUAAGAAUAAAUUAAAAGGUGCAGCUGAGCUUUUUAAGGCACAACCUGGAAUAAAAAGUGAUAUCAUUUUAAAGUAGGCAGAUAUCUCAUCGUUGAAUGAAAGGCGAUUGUUUAGUUUGACUCUUCUUGUCUACAUUUCUUUAACAUUAUAAAUGAUCAUUAUAGCCUAUUUUCAGAAAUCACACACCUGCAGAGCUUCUCACCACUUCAAUCCUCUCUGACAGUUAGAUUCACAACACACCUUUUAAAUAUUAUUGCUGAAAUGCUUUUUUUGGAAUCAACACCUUACGAAGCUUAUGCAGCCCUGAUUCUUAAGUGUAUGAAUGGACUGUAAUCUGUUUCACAGGUGAAGUGCUGCUGCCUUCAUUAAUUAGCAGAUAGCUUUUAUAUAAGGCUUACAGGCUAACAAAAUGAUUGGUUUGCUUUUGUUGUACCUUAUCCUUGGUGAAUCGCCUAUUGUCCCUUUGAAUAAUUGAGACCAGUGGAUUUUGCCUGUUUUAUUUUUUCCUUGGUCAGCAACUAGCUACUAGUUUUGUCCCCAAGAUCAAUUGCCUUGGUAACACAACCAGAGAGAGAGAGAGGGAGAGAGAAAGAGAGAGAGUGGGGGAGAGAGAGAUUUGUGCCCACAAUGGCGACUGUAGGUAUGCUAAAUACCUCUGGUUCCUUAUCCGGGAACUACCUCUUACUCUGCGAUUGGACCAGUGGGUCACGUGGUAAAAGUAACUUUACAGGGCUGCUCGCAAGUAGGAGGGCUUUAUGGAGCAGAAAAACGACAAAGCUAGAAAAAUUAUUUUCCACUCCAGAAAUUAAUGAUCAUGAGCUCGUAUUUGAUGGAGUCUAACUACAUUGAUCCGAAAUUUCCUCCAUGCGAGGAAUAUUCGCAAAAUAACUACAUCCCUGAGCAUAGUCCAGAAUAUUACAGCCGCGCAAGGGACUCUGGCUACCAGCAUCACCAUCAGGAGUUAUAUCCUCCGCGGGCGAGCUACCAAGACCGCCAGUAUAACUGUGCAAGCAUCCCUGAACCUGACACGCCAAGGGGACAUGGAAUACCCCAUUCUGCGCACCUGCUGAUAGGGAAAGGGCAACCUGCUUCAUGUGAAACCCCACAGUUGUCCAUGUCCCCCGCCACCCCACCGGCCGCAGCCUCCGCCUGCAACCAAGCUACCCCGGAGCAUCCAAACAGCACAGCCUCUUCCAAGCAGCCCGUGGUGUACCCGUGGAUGAAGAAAAUUCACGUCAGCACUGUGAACCAGGGUUACAAUGGGACGGAGCCCAAGCGGUCUAGGACAGCAUACACCCGGCAGCAAGUCUUAGAAUUGGAGAAGGAAUUCCACUAUAACCGGUAUUUAACUCGGCGGAGGCGCAUCGAGAUCGCCCACACCCUGGUUCUCUCCGAGCGACAGAUUAAAAUCUGGUUUCAAAACCGCAGGAUGAAAUGGAAAAAGGAUCACAGGCUCCCGAACACCAAAGUGAGAUCCUCCUCCUCCUCCUCCGGGUCCAACACAAGCUCAGCAGCCGGCGCUGUUGCCGCUGCCUCGGCCACUAACACUGGUGCCUCCGACGAACUCACCGGAGCGCAACAUGGCGAGGAUAUUACCAGGUUAUAAACCACGAACCAAGAUUGGGGGUAGAAAAAGAACUGGUUAUUUAUAGAACAAUUAUAUAUUUUGUUUUCGUAGCUAUCUUGUGCGGUUUCCUUUAAGUCCAAAGUUAUAUAAAAUGCAUGUUAUAUAGCAUGGAUUACUGCGAAUACCGAUGAAUUAUUUUUACGUGACACAGGGUUUAAUUUAUUUGAAGCUCAAUUAAAAUGAUGUUUUUUAUUAAAAAAAAUGUUUUGAAUGAAGGAGAAAAAAAGUAGAAAAAAAUAUACAUUUUAUCAAAGUGUUAUUGUGGGCCAUUCUUUUGCCCUGCUGCCCAAGGUGAAAUGCACAAUCUAUUUAUUUCAAACAACACUGGAAGGAAAUCAAUAUAAUAAUAGUUAUUUUUGGUAUAAAAAAGCUGGAACACACCAUUGAUCUUGAACUUGUAUGUUUAGGAUAAUAACAAUGUGUGAAUUACCUCGUGUAUUUCAGAAACAGGAUUUUGAUUUACAAUUUAGUUUUGUGGUGUUGAUGUUGUGUUUAGACCGUUAAAAAGCAGAUUAUUGUGAUAUACAAUAAACGGAGUUUAGUGUACUUGUAAUCAUAUUGGUCAAUAAAACAGUGAGUGUCUACUAGUUUUA